AUGGCUAACAAGUGGUGUUUCGAGGCUCUUGACAAAUCAUUGAAAGAUAUAAUGGGUACAACUGAGAAACCAUGUGAAAAGAUUUUUGGAGGAAAGGUUGUUGUCUUUGGUGGUGAUUUUAGACAAAUUCUACCAGUUGUACCAAGAGGUACAAGGUCUAAUAUAAUGCAUUCAACAAUAAAUGCCUCAUAUAUCUGGGAACAUUGCAAGGUUCUAACACUCACCAAAAACAUGUGCUUGGUAUCUGGGUCAAAUUCAAACAAUGUUGAAGAGAUAGAGAGUUUCUCAAAAUGGAUUUUACAAGUUGGAGAUGGUAAGGUAUCUGAACCAAAUGAUGGAUAUGCUGAAAUUACUAUUCUAAAUGACUUUCUUUUAGCAAAUUUCUUCGACCCAAUUGAGACUAUUGUUAAAAGUACCUACCCAAACCUCAUUGAAAAUCUCACCAAUCCUGAAUUUCUCCAAAGUAGAGCUAUUAUAGCGUCUACAUUAGAGGUUGUGGACGAAAUCAACAAUUACAUUACUAAUCUACUUCCAGGUGAUGAAAAUGAGUAUUUGAGUAGUGAUUCUAUUGAUAGAUCUGAAGCUAAUGACAAUGAGGCUUUUGAGCAUUUGACUCCAGAAUUCUUAAGCUGUUUGAAAACUUCAGGAUUACCUAAUCAUUCCAUGAAAUGA